UGGAGGCGGGCCAGGACAUCUGAGAGCUGACCCUGGGGGCUCGCGAGGCUGCCGCCGCUGCUGCUGCUACAGACCCAGCCUUGCACUCCAAGGCUGCGCACCGCCAGCCACUAUCAUGUCCACUCCCGGGGUCAAUGCGUCCACCUCCUUGAGCCCCGACCGGCUGAACAGCCCAGUGACCAUCCCGGCGGUGAUGUUCAUCUUCGGGGUGGUGGGCAACCUGGUGGCCAUCGUGGUGCUGUGCAAGUCGCGCAAGGAGCAGAAGGAGACAACCUUCUACACGCUAGUAUGUGGGCUGGCUGUCACCGACCUGUUGGGCACUUUGCUGGUGAGCCCGGUGACCAUCGCCACGUACAUGAAGGGCCAAUGGCCCGGGGGCCAGCCGCUGUGCGAGUACAGCACCUUCAUUCUGCUCUUCUUCAGCCUGUCCGGCCUUAGCAUCAUCUGCGCCAUGAGUGUCGAGCGCUACCUGGCCAUCAACCACGCCUAUUUCUACAGCCACUACGUGGACAAGCGGUUGGCGGGCCUCACGCUCUUUGCAGUCUAUGCGUCCAACGUGCUCUUCUGCGCGCUGCCCAACAUGGGCCUCGGUAGCUCGCGGCUGCAGUACCCAGACACCUGGUGCUUCAUCGACUGGACCACCAACGUGACGGCGCACGCUGCCUACUCCUACAUGUACGCGGGCUUCAGCUCCUUCCUCAUUCUCGCCACCGUCCUCUGUAACGUGCUUGUGUGCGGCGCGCUGCUCCGCAUGCACCGCCAGUUCAUGCGCCGCACCUCGCUGGGCACCGAGCAGCACCAUGCGGCCGCGACGGCCGUGACCUCGGUUGUCUCCCGGGGCCACCCCGCCGCCUCCCCAGGCUUGCCGCGCCUCAGCGACUUUCGCCGCCGCCGGAGUUUCCGCCGCAUCGCGGGCGCUGAGAUCCAGAUGGUCAUCUUACUCAUUGCCACCUCCCUGGUGGUGCUCAUCUGCUCCAUCCCGCUCGUGGUGCGAGUAUUCGUCAACCAGUUAUAUCAGCCAAGUUUGGAGCGAGAAGUCAGUAAAAAUCCAGAUUUGCAGGCCAUCCGAAUUGCUUCUGUGAACCCCAUCCUAGACCCCUGGAUAUAUAUCCUCCUGAGAAAGACAGUGCUCAGUAAAGCAAUAGAGAAGAUCAAAUGCCUCUUCUGCCGCAUUGGCGGAUCCCGCAGAGAGCGCUCCGGACAGCACUGCUCAGACAGUCGAAGGACAUCUUCUGCCAUGUCGGGCCACUCUCGCUCCUUCUUCUCCCGGGAGCUGAAGGAGAUCAGCAGUACAUCUCAGACCCUCCUGCCAGACCUCUCACUGCCUGACCUCAGUGAAAAUGGCCUUGGAGGCAGGAAUUUGCUUCCAGGUGUUCCUGGCAUGGGCCUGGCCCAGAAAGACACCACCUCGCUGAGGACUUUGCGAAUAUCAGAGACCUCAGACUCUUCACAGGGUCAGGACUCAGAGAGUGUCUUACUGGUGGAUGAGGUUGGUGGGAGCGGCAGGGCUGGGCCUGCCCCUAAGGGGAGCUCCCUGCAAGUCACAUUUCCCAGUGAAACACUGAACUUAUCAGAAAAAUGUAUAUAAUAGGUAAGGAAAGAAAUACAGUACUGUUUCUGGACCCUUAUAAAAUCCUGUGCAAUAGACACAUACAUGUCACAUUUAGCUGUGCUCAGAAGGGCUAUCAUCAUCCUACAACUCACAUUAGAGAACAUCCUGGCUUUUGAGCACUUUGCAGACAAUCGAGUUGACUCACAUGGGUCCUGAGGCCUGCAGCACGUCGGUUAAUACCCCACUAUGACAGAGGAUUGUGGUCACAACUUGAUGGCUGGGAAGACCUACUCUCAGUUUUUCUACUGGAUAGGAGGAUGGCAGAAGUUUGGCUGCUUUCCUAACAUCCAGAGCUUCGUCGUAUUUGGCACACAGCAGGGGCCCAGAUAUUAGAAAGGCUCUAUUCCAGUAAACUAUGAGGACUGCCUUAUGGAUGAUUUAAGUGUCUCACUAAAGCAUGAAAUGUGAAUUUUUAUUGUUGUACAUAUGAUUUAAGGUAUUUAAAGUAUUUUCUUCUCUGUGAGAAGGUUUAUUGUUAAUACAAGGUAUAAUAAAAUUAUCGCAAGCCCUCUCCUUCCAGUAUAACCAGCUGAAGUUGCAGAUGUUAGAUAUUUUUCAUAAACAAGUUCUAGUCAAAGUUGAAAAUUCAUAGUAAGAUUGAUAUCUAUAAAAUAGAUAUAAAUUUUUAGGAGAAAGAGUUUAGUAUUAUCAAAGGGAUAAAGAAAAAAAAUACUAUUUAAGAUGUGAAAAUUACAGUCCAAAAUGUUAUUCUUUCCAGGCUAUGUAUAAAAUACAUAGUGAAAAUUGUUUAGUGAUACUACAUUUAUUUAUCCAGAAAACUGUGAUUUCAGGAGAACCUAACAUGCUGGUAAAUGUUUUCAACUUUUUCCCUCACUAAUUGGUACUUUUUAAAACAUAACAUAAAUUUUUUAAAGUCUUUAAUAAAUAACCCAUAAUUAAAGUGUAUAAUAGAAAAAAUUUUAAAAAUCUAAGCAGCUUAUUGUUUCUCUGAAAGUGUGUGUAGUUUUACUUUCCUAAGGAAUUACCAAGAACAUCCUUUAAAAUUUUAAAGGAUGGCAAGUUGCAUCAGAAAGAGCUUUAUUUUGAGAUGUAAAGAUUCCCAAAUGUGGUUACAUUAGCCAUUCAUAUAUAUCAGAAGUGCAGAUUUGGGGCACUUAAUGGUCACCUUGUAACAGUUUUGUGUAACUUCCAGUGAUGCUGUACACAUAUUUGAAGGAUCUUUCUCAAAGAAAUAUUAAGCAUGUUUUGUUGCUCAAAGUGUUUUUGUGAAUUGCUUGGUUGUAAUUAAAUUCUGAGCCUGAUAUUGAUAUGAUUUUAAGAAGCAGUUGUACCAAGUGAAAUUAUUUUGGAGAUUAUAAUAAAUAUACACAUUCAAUCUGA